UCAGAUUCGGCGGCAGCAGCCGUCACUUUUUUGCCUUUUGCCAGAGCUCGCUUGGAUUUGGACCUUUCCACUUUAUCUUUAUUUGCGACAAUAUCCUUGUUUUUUUCUUUGGUUGACACUUCACUAUAUUUUUGCGCUUCACUGGACCGAAUUACGAAGUGUUGUUAAAAGGAAGAAAGUUUUUAUUGGAUGCGGGAAUUAAUUUCCUGCAGAAACUUUGCACUUUUCCUCGCCAGUGCAGUGUGUACCGUAUACCGUAUCGUAUAUAUACCAUAUACCCAGCACAGCGCAGCUGUGAUCCUGUGAUCAUGUGAUCAUUCACGUGAUUAUAAUCAGCCUUCAGCCUCAGGAAAUAAAGUGUUCGUCAAAAUAUUAUUUCGUUUCCAGCUUUCCGCUAUUUAUUUAGGGUGAACUUUCCAAAAACAAGUUUCCUCUUUGAAAGAUACUGUACAGUACCACAGUGUACCACUAAAACUUAUUUCUCAACUUCAGUCACGUCAUUUUCCAUUGUGCAUGUGCCCCACUAGUGCAAAUUCGUGUAAUGGAAUAGGCAACCUGAAGAGUCACUGCUCUGUAAUUUCGGGGAACAGAAUAUGGAUGAUGCAGUUCCAGGGUUCAGAAGCGAAGAGUAUUCUAUAGUGCCAGAGGAGGACCAGAUAUCUGAAGGAAAUCUUAUCGUUAAACAUCAAAAACCACGGUUUACUUCCAUCGUUCACACUUCUGAAAUUUUGAGUGAGGCGGAGAUCCGACGUGAGCCUGUGCACCCUGAACCGAUCACAUCGAUUCAACAGAAUGAAUCAAGUGCCAAGUGGGAGAUAUUAAGUGAGGUGUGCAGUGACCUUUUAACUUGUUUACAGUGGCUUGCCAAAAGAAGAUUGAUUUCGAACACAUACAUUUGUCCGAAGUGCAGUCAGAAUUGCACUUUUCAACCGCGAAGAGACCGAACAGACAAAUACAACUGGACGUGCAAUCCGUGCAACUUCAAGAAGAGUUUGAGAGAAGGGUCUUUCUUUGCUGGAAGUCAUCUCAGUUUGCCAACGAUCCUUCAGCUGAUCAAUCUAUGGACUCUAAAAACAAGGCACGAAGUCGUCCAAGAUCAGCUUUGCAUAAAGCAGCGCCAUACCAUUGUCGAUUGGUUCGCGUUCAUCCGCGAGAUUUGUGCUCGUAAAGUUCUCGAUACUCCACAUCACAUCGGAGGGUUGCACGAGGACACUCUUGAAGGAAUUGUUGUCUACUUUGACAUUUUAAACUUCACCCAUUUACGCAACAGGAUACAGGAAACUUACUGGGUCGUGCUGGGGAUAGAGAGUGGAACGGAUCGCUAUUUCGUGGUUCCGAUCGAUACGUGCCAGCCUGCUGCAGUUGCCUUGGUUUUACGCCAGUUUAUUGAACCUGGCACGAUCCUCAUUGGUAGACCCUUUGAAAAUGUAGCCGCUACCAAUCACCCAGUAGUACCUGAAGAGCUAAUCACCUUUUCUUCUGAUUACUCUGUCACUUUAGACUUGAAAGCAGACUAUCCCCAUCUAGCAUCAUCAUUUUAUGACAUUGAAGAGACAGAGCUUUGGAAGCUGAUCAGACGUCGUUAUAAGAGCAAGAGUGAUCUGUAUCGCAAGGAGGCGACCAGCACUUCUCUUUUUCAGUCUUACAUACAGGAGGCCCUCUGGAGACGGAUGAACUCAGAUUCGGAAGAUCUUUUUUCUGUGAUGAUUGCUGAUAUUGGGCAUUAUUACCCAGUUUAGUUUUCAAAUUGAGAUAGACCGAGUGGUGCCAAAAGUAUAAACCUUCUUAAGCAGUUUGGAUCAGGAAAGCUUUCAAGAUGACCGAAAGGAGAAACUUCCGGUCUCACUACUACGAGAAGGUUGGAUUCCGGGGAGUGGAAGAGAAGAAAUCUUUGGAGAUUCUCCUUAGUGAAGACCCUGUCGACAUUGACAAGCUUGGUACAUUCUGUGCAAGGUUCUCUGUCCCCGCUAUGUUUAGACCACUGGUCUGGAAGCUUAUCUUGGGCAUCCUACCUCCACACCCAAGCAUCCAUGAUUUCGUCUGGCAGCAACGGACAGAACAGUUCAAUGACCUUCAUCGGGGGUUAAAGGUCAUGUCAUCAAUCAACGAGGAAACUCCCAUGAGCCUUUGCUUUCUCAAGAUGUUCUUAUUGGAGGAAGGAAGGCUGCCGCUGGAGGAUGAGAAACUUCCAGAAAAUGAUGAGCAUGACCUGUUUGUCACCAUAGCAACCGCAUCGAUUGAGAUGAAUGAUGAAGAUGACUUAGAGUCCUACUGGACGGCUGUAUGCGUCUUCAGGCUCGGCCGCAAGAUGAAGGAUCAGAUUAGGAUCAUGCCAAGUACAUUCAAGACUAUUCUAAAGAAGGAGGACCCAGAGUUGUACAAUCAUCUGCUAAUCAUUAAUAGUCUGGAGAAACUUCCAUAUUCUUCCUGGUUCAACGCACUUUAUGCUGGAGUACUCCCCACAGAUGCAUUAAAGCGUGUUUGGGAUCGUGUACUAGGAGGAGCUAGUCGGGUCCUGAUAUACGUGGCUCUCACGCAGCUCUUAACACAUCGUAAGACUCUAAUGGGAAUAGGGACGGCAGAUCUUGUAUCUCAAUAUCUACACCAGAUGCCAUUGGACAAUGCUGAAGUUCUUGUCAAUGAAGCCAUUGAAUUCUGGGAAAAGGAUGGUAGUCACCUGAGACCAGAGCAAUCAGUCACAUGAUCAAUCACAUGACCUUGGACUAUGUAUGAGCAGUAUUAGACUCUUCUGUGUAAAGGAGCCAUCCACAUAGAGACGCGUGGAAAGUGUUCUUUUGCACCGUCUGAUUGGUUAUGAGUGGUCACAUGAUUAUGUCACUGAAGGAAUGUCUGCUGCCACGGAUUCUGAUUGGUCAACCAAGGGUCACAUGAUAAGGGUCGAUAUCAGGAAGGAUGCUUGGAUCAUGCACAGAUAGCAAAAACAAAAUUGUCAAAGGAGGGGGAAAAUACCUUGUGGUUUGAAAUUAUUUUGAGGUUCUUAAGACUAGAAAGAAUUCUAUUGUAUAAAGCUUUUCUUGAAGGAUUUUAAUCAAAAUCUGGGGUCCGUUUCAUAAAGGACUUGCAACUGUUGUAACUUUGUCAUAAUGGCAACUACCAUUGAAACAGGGCUCAGCAGCCAAUCAGAAUCAAGGUUACCAUGGUGGUUGCCAUGAUGGCAAAGUUAAAACAGUUGCAAAUCCUUUAUGAAACAGGGCCCCUGGUCUUGAUUUUGAUCAACUAUAAAGCCAAUCAUGACGCAACUCCCUAGGCUAGGAAAAGAGGGUGAAUUUGCCUGCACAUUUGGCACUCUAAAUAAUAAAUUUUUCUUUAUCAUUCUGACAUGGAUAAAAAAAACUCAAUGAAAAUAAGAAAAAUGUACACAGAAUAAAAUUGUUUUUGGCUUCUCAUAAUUUCAACUUUAAACCAAUUUCAGCCUGACAUCAGAAUAUGGGCGCUAUGCACUUAUUUUGGUGUGUAGAAAAUUAAAUUGGAUAAUAUAGUAACCCUUAAGGGCAUUGCACUUUUGUCUGUAUCAGUCAUUGGUUUGUAAUUUCAAGAAGCAUUUUAAACAAUUUUUUUUUUUACUGCACAUUCUGAAAAACAAUGUGAUACACUUAUCUGCGCAAGUCAGACUUCUAUUAUUUAAAAAUCAAGUCCACCCCAGAAAAUUCUUGAUUUAAAUUGAGAAGAGAAAAAUAAAAACAAGCAUAACGCUGAAAAUUUCAUCUAAAUCGGAUGUAAAAUAAGACAUUUGCGACAUUUUGAAGUUUCGCUUAUUUUCACAAAACAGUUAUAUGCACAACUCGGUGAUAUGCAGAUGAGAGAGUCAAUGAUGUCCCUCACCCACUAUUUCUUUUGUUUUUUUAUGUUUGAAUUAUACAAUGUUUCAGUUUUUACAGAUUUUACAAUAAGGACCAACUUUGACUUAAAUAACCAUUAACUGUUAAAAUAAUGGUAAUUCCACCUGAAGAAUACAAAUUUGUUUCAGCGGACAAUGAGAAGAAAAUUAUAAUUUUUCAUAUUUCAUGUAAUAGAAUACAAAAGAAAUAGUGAGUGGGUGACGUCAUCAGUGUGUUCAUUUAGCCCUAUCUUAACUGGGCUAUUUCAAACCAACAUAUAUUGGGGGGGGGGGG